AGAUUGAUCCAUGCUAACACAUUUCCUUUGUUGUGAUUAACCGUUUAGCGGUUGUGAUUCUGCUUUAAUAACUUAUAUCAGGAAAGUUGCCCUCGAGAUAACUUAGACGAUGAGUGGCGGAGUGUAUGGAGGCGAUGAGGUGGGAGCUCUGGUGUUCGACAUUGGCUCAUACUCUGUGAGGGCUGGAUAUGCAGGAGAAGACUGUCCCAAGGCGGACUUCCCUACGGUGAUUGGCGUGACCCUUGACCGAGAGGAUGGCAGCACGCCCAUGGAGACAGAUGGUGACAAGGGCAAGCAGAGUGGUACCACCUACUAUAUUGAUACCAACCAGCUGAGGGUACCCAGGGAGAACAUGGAGGUCAUGUCUCCGCUCAAGAAUGGCAUGAUUGAGGACUGGGACAGUUUCCAGGCCAUUUUGGAUCACACCUACAAGAUGCAUUUCAAGUCUGAACCCAGCCUGCAUCCAGUGCUCAUGUCAGAGGCAUCGUGGAACACACGAGCAAAAAGAGAGAAACUAACGGAGCUGAUGUUUGAACAUUACAACAUUCCCGCCUUCUUCCUCUGCAAAUCUGCUGUGCUAUCUGCCUUUGCCAAUGGGCGGUCUACAGGCUUGGUCCUGGACAGCGGCGCCACACACACCACAGCCAUUCCAGUGCAUGAUGGCUAUGUCCUGCAGCAAGGAAUUGUCAAAUCUCCCCUGGCUGGAGACUUCAUGAGCAUGCAGUGUAGGGAGCUUUUUCAGGAAUUAAGUUGUGAAAUAAUUCCCCCGUACAUGAUUGCAUCAAAGGAUUCAGUGCGAGAGGGAUCCCCAGCCAGCUGGAAGAAAAAAGAAAAACUACCUCAAGUCACCCGCUCAUGGCACAACUACAUGUGUAAUUGUGUGAUCCAGGACUUCCAGGCAUCUGUGCUGCAGGUGUCGGAUUCGCCAUAUGAUGAACAGGUCGCUGCACAGAUGCCCACUGUGCACUACGAGCUGCCCAACGGCUUCAACUGUGACUUUGGGGCUGAGAGGCUCAAGAUCCCAGAGGGGCUAUUUGACCCCUCGAACGCCAAGGGCCUGUCUGGAAACACCAUGUUGGGAGUCGGCCACGUGGUGACGACCAGCGUGGGAAUGUGUGACAUCGACAUCCGGCCGGGUCUGUACGGCAGUGUGGUGGUGACUGGAGGAAACACACUCAUUCAGGGCUUCACAGACCGACUGAACAGAGAACUCUCCCAGAAAACCCCUCCGAGCAUGAGGCUGAAGCUGAUAGCCAACAACACUACAGUGGAGCGUCGGUUCAGUGCCUGGAUAGGAGGCUCCAUCCUCGCUUCACUUGGAACCUUCCAGCAGAUGUGGAUCUCCAAGCAGGAGUACGAAGAGGGAGGAAAGCAGUGUGUGGACAGGAAGUGCCCUUGAUUUUUACAUCUGGCCAAAAUCACCUUCCUCGUUACUGUCUUUGCCACAAGCUCAACAUCUUGAGUCGUUCACCUCUGACCCUGGACUCAGGAACACCUGCAGAUGAUCACUUCUUUUGUAUUUGUUUUAAUAAUAAUAAUUGUUUGUCCAUAUACUGCCAGUCUAGGAUUUAUUGUGAAAAUCAGAAAAACAUCUACAAAGUAAACUGUGUCGCCAUGAUGAACUGAGGUUUAAGUUCCUUUGUUUAUAUCAUGAGUUUGUUGCCUUAUCUUUAGGAUUGUUGGUGAUUUGUUGAAACCUUACAUCCACAAAAAAAAGACAUCUGACAAAAGCCUGAUCUUGCUACCUGUUGUCCAUGCCUUUUUAUUCUGACAUGGUCCAAGGUUAGUUUAUUAUCACACUGGAUAAAAACCAAGUCCAAGGUUUCUGCAGAAAACUGACAAGAUAAAAUUUAGGUGAUUUGUAUUUGGAGGAAUGACCUCACAGUUUGGGGUCAAUGUCUUUUGUUCAUAAGCCUUUCUGUUUUGUGUAGUAAGUAAGCUCAUCAAAGGCCGGUCAGAUCUUGCCUGUGCUUAUUGCUGUGAGUGUCAACUCAAAUAAACCUGUAUUUAAUUUUUGCUUUGUCAUUGGCUACAUUUGGUCAAAAUAA